AUGUCAGAGUCGUCCCUAAAGUUGCAUCUUCCGACGGUAAUGUCCCGCGUAGAAUUGGCCAUCCAAAGAAUGAAGGAAGAGAUGAAGACCCAAGGACUUGUGGACGUCUUCAAAUGGAGUCUUUUUAUGGCAACAGACGUCAUAGGCGAGCUUGCCUUUGGUGAGUCGUUCCAGAUGUUAGAGAAAGGCGAGAAAAACCAGUACAUCCGCGACCUAGAGGGAGUCGGAGCUUUAUCUGCAGUUCGAGUCUGCUUCCCAAGGCUACUUGGAUUGGCACGAAAAUACCCACUGCCCAUCUUUCAGAGGAACCUUCAACAAGCUGGCCGAAUUAAAGGCUAUGCCGAGCAGUCUCUGAAACGCUAUCAAGAGUAUAUUGACGAAAAGCCAGACGCACCACGGCAAAUAUUAGUCACCAAGUUGUUCAAGGCCCGAGAGGAUGAGAAGUUGUCGUUCCCGGAGAUCGUGAUAAAUGCCCAGUCUUUUAUUGUAGCCGGCAGUGAUACAACAUCGAAUUCUCUGACCUACCUGCUCUGGUCCAUCUGUCGCCGUCCUGAAAUUCGGAAUGCGCUUGUGAAGGAGCUCCAAAAGUUGCCUGACGAAUUCAGUGAACAUGAUCUGCGAGAGUUGCCUUUCCUAAACCAAUGCAUCGAUGAAACGCUUCGUCUCUUUACCGCAGCUCCAGCAGCACUUCCCCGAGCGGUUCCCGCAGGCGGAGUCGAGUUUGGAGAUUAUUGGCUCCCCGGAGGCACCACGGUAGCAACCCAGGCGUAUACAAUGCAUCGACAUCCAGAGAUUUUCCCACACCCUGACGAAUUUGAUCCCCAUCGGUGGGCCGCGCCAACAAAAGCCAUGAAGGAGGCCUUCAUGCCAUUCGGUCGUGGACCGAGAAGUAUGUCCUCCAACCGACGCAUCAUCUGUUGUCAAGACUUGACCCUUGACCGCUGA